AUGAGUCUCUUGACGUCACCUGUUCUAAUCCAGCUUUAUAAAGAAAUUCAUGCACAUGACAUCGAGUACAAGUCCGACGCCUUUUGGACAGCCUAUCUGGCCUUGCAGUUCCCGCAGGAACGUGGCUACACAGUAUCCCCUCAGUGGGCUCCAACUGACGACAGCCGGGACAGAUGUGAUGCUGCCGUACGAGCGCUUCGUGGGCCUGAAGGGAAUCAAUUCUUCGCAACGUUGUUAUUCCUUGAAACAAAGCGUCCGGGAAAAGGCCCCAAGGGGGCAGAGGAGCAGCUGAUGUCAGCCGGAACGCAGUACCUUAACAAAGAGACCCAAGAGAGCUUCGUUUACGGUAUGACGGCUUGGGGUAGUAAAGCACGUUGUUGGAUGUUUCGAAGGGAGGGCGGCCGCUACCAACUGCUACCAUUGUUUGGAUCAGGUGAGCUUGGGAAAAAGAGAGAAUACGUGGACGCUCACAGCGAGGCCGCCUAUUUCAUAACUGCGUCUAUGUCUUACAUCAGAGGAGAGAGCGUCGACUGGCCUGGAUCUGUGUUUGAAAGCGUUGAUCAAGAAGGCUCGGAAACUGCAGUGGGAGCAUCGGGGGCUAGUUAG